AUGAAUUCUACUGAUAACUACCUCCCACCCAGCCUGAGUGCGGAGAAGAUCAAUGCAUUAAUCCUUUCCCUCUCCCUUCCCCCACCCAUCAGCAUCACUCCCCUUGAAGUCACAGCGGCCUUUCGCUCCAUCUAUCUUGUUACAUUUCCACCCAGCACUACCAAAAUCAACGCGCGACCCAAUCCCGAUGGCAGCAUCAGUCUUGUCCUCCGCGUCUCGGGCCGCCAACUCCCACGCAUCAAGACCCUCAAUGAAGUGGGCGUAAUGAGCUGGGUUCGGGCGAACACCUCCAUCCCCGUCCCCGCCAUCAUCCGCUACGACGCUACAGAGGACAACCCUAUCAGCCAUGAAUUCACCCUCCUCGAGAGAGCUCCCGGCAUCAGCGUCGACAAGAUCUACGAUACAUUAUCGGACGAGACCAAAACCGACAUGGACGGAUACGUGGGAGGACUCACUCUCACGACAUCCGGCCAGGUCACGCACGGCCCCCCUAUCGACGAGACUUACUGGCAGACGCCUGAUCUGGAGAAGUACUGGUCCCUGGGCACAUCCGCCACCCCAGAAACCGAGAUCUCCCUCGAGACGCUCAACCCCAUCGUCCCCGGCGGAUUCCCCAACUACGUCGCCUUCACCGUCAGCUGUCUGAAUCGGUACAUUUCCGCCAUCAACCUCCACCCCUCGCUCGAGCCAUACCAAGCCCUAGUCCCGCAGAUUCGGGCGUUUACGGAAGGACUGCAGCGGCGCGAGCUGGCAGAACAACUGAACCAAGUGCCCUACGUGCUGGCGCACAAGGACCUGCAUUUUGCGAACAUCAUGUGCGAUCCCGCACAGCCUGGGUGUCCCAUUACAGCGGUGCUGGAUUGGGAGUUUAGCGGGGUAGUGCCGGCGCCAAGGUGGAACCCACCGCGCGCGUUUUUGUAUAAUAUGAAGUGGCGGGCGGAGGACAAAGCGGAGCAAACGCGGAUGGAGGCGGUGUUUGAGGAGGUCUGUCGGGAGAAAGGGGCUGAGUGGUUACUUGAGGAGAUGCAGUGGGGGAGUCGGUUGCAGGAGGAAGUGCAGAAGGUGGUGAAUCAUUUGAGGGCGAUUGUAGAGGUCUGUCCGAAGGGCCAGUCGGGGGAGAAGGUCGAACAGUGGAAGAAAACUGUGGAAGAAGGGAUGCGGACUUUUCCUUAUGGUUAUGGUGCAGGAGGAGAUACACUGCAGGGCUGAAAUGGGCAUUUUUCUGUCAGUAGUCUCUCCGGCAAUCCCACCCGGCUAUCUACUUUAUCCGCCAGGGGACCUAUAAAUCCGUACCGUCUCUAGGAGCAUUAUACACAACCGGUCUCGGUCUCGAC